AAUACGUCAUUUCUGCGAAUGUCGACCUUUUCUGCGAACUCGGCUAAAAAGGUAGGCCUACCACAAAAACUACACUAGAUCUAAGAAUCAUUAGCAGCUUUUGGCCUUUAGACAUGUUAGAAGACAACUACGCUUACUGGCAUAUAUCAGUGCUACAGAUAAGCUUAAUCCAGAGGGGGAUACUCUACUCUUAAAAAUAUAUCAGAGUUGGCAAUGAAAGGGUACUUUGUCACUCAACAUUGAUUCCAGAGGAAGACAAUGCAGCCUAGCAAUGUUACAAUGUCAUUGAUACGAUUGCUCCUAUUUACACUGAUACUCCUAUCAUGGCAAGCAUCUGCGUGUACAAACUGCUGGGUUUUGUUUAAUGGCAAGUGCUAUGCUUUUACUGAAUCUUUUAUGAGAUGGGCUCCCGCGAGAUCAUUUUGUCAGAAGUUCGGAGACGAUGGUGAUAUGCUUAUCAUAAAGAGUAUAACAGAAUUGAAUUUUUUAAAGGCGGAAAUAUUGAAGAGGUCAAAGUUUUACUGGACUGGUGCAACAGAUGAGGGUAGUGAAUGUAUUUGGCGAUGGGUGGAUGGAAGCCCAUGGGACCCUGCAAUUGGAAGCCAGAUGUGGUGGCAAGCUGAUGGUAAACCAAGGUCAGACAUUAAGUACAAUUGCGCAUAUGCUAGAAAUGUUGGCGACUGGGACAGCAUGGAUUGUGCAAAAUCAACUCGAGCUCUUUGUAAGAGAUCACUAGGCAUGGGCCUGGGUCUCUGGACGACUUGGGGAGCCUGUUCAAAAACAUGUGGAAAUGGUAAUAGAGUUCGAACUCGAUUAUAUGAUAAUCCAACACCAUCUAAUGGAGGGAAUGAUUGCAACCACAAUGAUCUGAUGGAAACCAAGUUCUGUAAACUAAUAGAUUGUCCUGUCAAUGGAGCUCCUGGUCCUUGGACAGCAUGGGUACAAUGUUCUACUACGUGUGGAGAUGGAGAGAAAAUUCGCACCAGAGAAUGCAACAACCCCGCACCAGCUUAUGGAGGGGAUGAAUGCAAUGCCAAUGAUUUGACAGAGAGGAUGCCCUGUAAAGCCCAAGAGUGCGCUGUCAAUGGAGCUCCUGGUCCUUGGACAGCAUGGGUACAAUGUUCUACCACGUGUGGAGAGAAAACCCGCACCAGAGAAUGUAACAACCCUGCACCAGCUUAUGGAGGGGAUGGAUGCAAUGCCAAUAAUUUGACAGAGAGGAUCCCCUGUAAAACCCAAGAGUGCACUGGAGCAGCAGUAAAGGGAUUAUGGACAUACUGUGCACCAUUAAUCAUCAUUCUCGGCACAAUAGGAAACACCUUGUCUCUUCUCGUACUCACAAGGAAGAACAUGCGCAAGAACAUCUCCAGUAUUUAUCUCAGCGUCCUCGCUGUAGUGGAUACAACUGUGCUUUACACCGGCCUCCUGCGACAUUGGAUACGUCACAUAUCCGAUACAGAUAUACAGAGUAUCUCAAUUGGUGGAUGUAAAUUUCAUUUAUUCAUCGUUUUCUUUUCCUUGGAUUUAUCUGCAUGGAUUUUAGUUGCGGUAACGUUUGAGAGACUUGUUGCAGUUUACAUUCCCAACAAAGCUCGGAUAUACUGUACAAGAUUCACAACAUAUUUGACUGUUUGCGUCAUGUCUCUUGCUUUAUCUCUCAUUAACCAUCACUUCUUCUGGACACUCGAAGACAUCAAAAUGAAUGAUCUUGGUGGUCUUGAAUGUGUGUACAAUGAAGAAGUUAAGGAUUUCAUGAUGUAUACAUGGCCAUGGAUUUACAAGUGUCUCGCCGUCUUUAUCCCACUCAUUAUCACGCUUACAGGCAAUGUUCUCAUUAUUAUCAAGAUUCUAAAGCUGAGAUCGGCGAACGAAUCGAAGAUGACAUCCAUGACGGCAAUGCUCCUCACUGUGAAUUUCGGGUUCAUUAUCUGCACAUCACCUAUUGCUCUCAACGACAAUUUUAAGACGACGUGGUACCCGGCUGAUCUCCCUUAUGCCAUAUGUAGUUUACUCAUGUACACAAACAAUUCCAUAAACUUUCUUCUUUACUGCCUGUCUGGGCCUAAGUUCCGCAAAGAGCUGCGAAAAUUGUUUUCGAGGAGGAAGGAAAAUCGGGUUGCCCCGGAAUCCAACAUUCAAAGUUUGCCUGACGUGACGUUGCCUGACAUGCCUUCUCUAUCAGAGACUUCUCAUGAAAGGGUUUCAUCAUACAUUGGGAGAUCAUGAGAUAGGAAUAUUCCCAAAGUGUGGUUCACUUCCUAUCAAUGGAUUUUACCAUAUUUUCAAGGAUAUUGUAAUCAAAAAACAAUUCAGUGGGCUACUGUUAUCUGUAUGCGAUUUUAGUCAUAGUUAUAUCCACUGCGCGGACAGGCGGACGGGUGAGCGAUUCCACAUGUUUACCAUUUGAACCAAAAAAUAAACUGCUCUUUACGCAUGUGUCUAGACUGUUAAAAUUGGUGGAUGCAUAAAAAUUGAUCAAUCAUUAGAAAUGAUCAUUUUUCUGUUUUUUGAUAUAGUUUGCAAUAACACUUUU